GCCGUAGAAAAAGGAACCCUAAAAUGUAACUUUGCUGGAGUGGCUCUGGGAGACUCUUGGAUCUCUCCACUGGACUCUGUUAUGACCUGGGGUCCUUAUCUGUACACAUGGUGAUCCCUGCUAGAUGACUACGGCCUGCGGGAGGUGACCAGUGCAGCGGAGGCGGUGAAGCUGGCGGUGGAUCAGGGGCAGUACCUGAAGGCCACAGAGCUCUGGUCUGUCACUGAGAGUGUCGUGGAACAGGUCAGUGGUGUUGGUCAGUGGUGUGUUGUUGUUGUGAAUGCCAUGGUCAUUCAGCUCCCGUCUGAUUUCAGACACAAACGGAGUCAACUUCUACAACAUCUCACCCAGGAACCUGAUGAGAAGAUGUCCUCCUGCCUGGAGAAGGAUACCUCUCCCCUCCACCGCCAAUCACUGAGCCAGUUGAUGAACGGGCCAAUCAGGAAGAAGCUGGGAAUCAUCCCUCAGAACUACACCUGGGGAGGUCAGGCUGAGGCAGUGUUCAGCAGCAUGUCAGGUGACUUCAUGAAGCCAGUGGUGGACGUGGUGGAUCAGCUGUUGGAUGCUGGGGUCAACGUCACCGUCUACAACGGWCAGCUCGACCUCAUAGUGGACACCAUGGGUCAGGAGCAAUGGGUGAAGCAGCUGAAGUGGGUGGGGCUCCAGGGCUUCAACCAAAUGAAAUGGACUGCCCUCGAUGACCCCGCCUUCCCGGGUGUGACCGGCGCCUUCUACAAGACCUACAAGAACUUCUCCUUCUACUGGAUCCUCAAGGCUGGUCACAUGAUCCCCUCGGACCAGGGACCCAUGGCACUGCAGAUGCUGAAAAUGAUCACACAGCAGGACUGACACACACACACACUUAAUAACACACACACCACACCGCACACGCUAGAGCUCGACGAUAUGGAGACAAAGAAAUCCAGAUUGUGAUACGUUUCCUUUUUUCUUUUUCUUUUUGCAAUAUUGUUAAAUCGGCUAUCAGUUAUUUUGGGGGGAGGUGUGCCAAAGCUGGGCGACAUGGACACAAAGUCCUAUUGUGAUAAAACACACAUUUUAUAGUUACAUUUAUGGUUAGUUACUUUACAUUAGCCAAGAGAGUCUUCUGUAAGAUAAGAGCGUCUGCUAAAUGACACAUUUUUAAAUGUAAAUUAGCGGCAGGGCUCUAGACGUGUGUUUCCAGGGCCAGGUAAGACAACAGAGAUGGUAGACUAUGAUUCACAAAGUAAGAUAUUCCAUCCAACAUAUCCAGGGAAGGUUUGGUUGAUGUGCAACCUGUCAAAAGGAUCCAAAGAUCACAUUUAUUUUUGGCCUUUUCAGAGAAUUGGCUGACAUCUUUGUGCAUAUUGGCCUGUAGACGAUAUGAUUCACCACCUGAGGAAGGGGGACCUCAAAACACUAAACUAGAUUACUAACUGUAGACAUAUUGUUGCUAGGUAACCUUGUAGGCUAAUCUAACUAUAAAUAUGUUAU